CAGCGGCAGUGCCCUGCAACUCGCAUCUGAGCGGCAGAGUGGGUGGCGCAGGGCAGGGGUGGUAUAUCCUGUCUGACAGAGGGCGGGCCCCGUCAGUACCUGCCGAGGGACGAACCGAGCGGGGCGGAGGCGCCAGGAGCAGCAGCCGGGAGCCUCACGCGCACCAGCGCUCUAUGGCCAUAGGGAGCCGCUGAGGGAACACGCGCCCGCCCGCACCCCGCUGCACCGCGCCUCUCUGCUCCCCCGGCCCGCGCCCCCGCCGCCAUGAACCACUCGCCGCUCAAGACCGCGCUGGCGUACGAAUGCUUCCAGGACCAGGACAACUCCACGCUCGCGCUGCCCUCCGACCAAAAGAUGAAGACGGGCACGUCGGGCAGGCAGCGCGUGCAGGAGCAGGUGAUGAUGACCGUGAAACGGCACAAGUCCAAGUCUUCGCAGUCGUCCACCCUGAGUCACUCCAACCGAGGUUCCAUGUAUGAUGGGCUGGCUGACAGUUACAACAACUAUGGUACCGCGAGCAGAAGCAGCUACUUCUCCAAGUUCCAGGCAGGGAAUGGCUCAUGGGGAUAUCCGAUCUACAAUGGGACCCUGAAGCGGGAGCCUGACAACCGUCGCUUCAGCUCCUACAGCCAGAUGGAGAACUGGAGCCGGCAGUAUCCCCGAGGCAGCUGUGCUACCACUGGGGCCGGCAGUGACAUCUGCUUCAUGCAGAAAAUUAAGGCGAGCCGCAGUGAGCCUGACCUCUACUGUGACCCGAGGGGCACGCUGCGCAAGGGCACACUGGGCAGCAAGGGCCACAAGAGCACGCAGAACCGGUACAGCUUUUACAGCACCUGCAGCGGGCAGAAGGCCGUCAAGAAGUGUCCCGUGCGGCCGCCCUCCUGCACCUCCAAGCAAGAUUCAGUGUAUGUCCCGCCUAUCUCCUGCAACAAGGACCUGUCCUUUGGCCACUCAAGGGCCAGUUCCAAGAUCUGCAGUGAGGACAUUGAGUGCAGCGGGCUGACCAUCCCCAAGGCUGUGCAGUACCUGAGCUCCCAGGAUGAGAAGUACCAGGCCAUUGGGGCCUAUUACAUCCAGCACACCUGCUUCCAAGAUGAAUCUGCCAAGCAACAGGUCUAUCAGCUGGGAGGCAUCUGCAAGCUGGUGGACCUCCUCCGCAGCCCCAAUCAGAAUGUCCAGCAGGCUGCUGCCGGGGCCCUGCGCAACCUGGUGUUCCGGAGCACCACUAAUAAGCUGGAGACCAGGAGGCAGAAUGGGAUCCGUGAGACUGUUAGCCUCCUGAGGAGAAGCGGGAGCACGGAGAUCCAGAAACAGUUGACUGGUCUACUCUGGAACCUGUCGUCCACCGAUGAGCUGAAGGAGGAGCUGGUGGCCGAUGCCCUGCCUGUCCUGGCUGACCGGGUCAUCAUUCCCUUCUCUGGCUGGUGUGAUGGCAACAGCAACAUGUCCCGGGAAGUGGUGGACCCAGAGGUCUUCUUCAAUGCCACAGGCUGCUUGAGGAACCUGAGCUCAGCUGAUGCUGGCCGCCAGACUAUGCGGAACUACUCUGGGCUCAUUGACUCCCUCAUGGCCUAUGUCCAGAACUGUGUGGCUGCCAGCCGCUGUGAUGACAAGUCUGUGGAGAACUGCAUGUGUAUCCUGCAUAACCUCUCAUACCGCCUGGACGCCGAGGUGCCCACCCGCUACCGCCAGCUGGAGUAUAAUACCCGCAAUGCCUACACUGAGAAGUCCUCCACUGGCUGCUUCAGCAACAGGGGUGACAAGAUGAUGAACAAUAACUAUGACUGCCCCCUUCCCGAGGAAGAGACCAACCCCAAGGGCAGCAGCUGGCUGUACCACUCAGAUGCCAUCCGCACCUACCUGAACCUCAUGGGCAAGAGCAAGAAAGAUGCUACCCUGGAGGCCUGUGCUGGGGCCCUGCAGAACCUGACAGCCAGCAAGGGGCUGAUGUCCAGUGGUAUGAGCCAGUUAAUUGGGCUGAAGGAAAAGGGCUUGCCACAAAUUGCCCGCCUCCUGCAAUCUGGCAAUUCAGAUGUGGUGCGGUCCGGGGCCUCUCUGCUGAGCAACAUGUCCCGCCACCCAAUGCUGCACAGAAUUAUGGGAAACCAGGUGUUCCCAGAGGUAACCAGGCUCCUCACCAGCCACACCGGCAACACCAGCAACUCCGAAGAUAUCUUGUCCUCAGCCUGCUACACUGUGAGGAACCUGAUGACCUCGCAGCCUCAGAUGGCCAAGCAGUACUUCUCCAGCAGUAUGCUCAACAAUGUCUUCAAUCUGUGUCGCAACAGUGCUUCACCUAAGGCUGCAGAGGCUGCCCGGCUACUCCUAUCUGACAUGUGGGCCAGCAAGGAGCUGCAGAGUGUCCUCAGGCAGCAAGGUUUUGAUAGGAACAUGAUGGGAAACAUAGCUGGGGCCAACAGCCUCAGGAACUUCACCUCCCGGUUCUAAGAAGAGACCAUCCAAGCAAGUCCAACUUGCAGAAAGACAUGACCCAGCUGAGAAGACCUGGGACCUUGAGGAUGGGUUACUUGCUCCAUUCUGCACAGUAUUUGGAAACGUUCAGAUGCAACCAAGAGCAAACGGAAAGCUGUGGAUGAUGGAAAUAAUUUUUGAUUCUUUUUUUUUUCCUUAGGGUAACUGGAAGGCUAGAGGGUUGGGGAGGUUGGGUGGGGGGGAGCUUUCUUGAGUUAAAGGGGCUUACAUCUGAUGUCAAUACUUUCUUCUCUGAGAAACAGUAUAUAUAUGUGUAUAAUGUAAGUGCAUGGGUGUGCCUGUAUGAGAGAAAGAGAGAGAGAGAGAGAGAGAGAGAGAGAGAGAGAGAGAGAGAGAGAGAAUGAAUGCGUGAAUGCCUAACAACAUAACCAACAACUGAAACAGGUUAGGUGUGCUGAUUCUUUGCAGCUCACAGGCAGCACGGGGGACUCUCCAUGUCUCCCUUUAUAGACGAGAGACACACAAGCUUUUUGGCUAACCAAAAGUAAAGUGUAUCCAGGCAGGGGUCCUUGCCAAUGAAGGCAUAGAGAGCUCGGCAGCCUUUCUCUGCCACUUCUGAGAUGGCAGGAAAAGAGACAGUAGCCAAGGAUGGGGCUAACAUUCCCUCUUAGGAGACAGAGAGAAGCUCCAGAGGACUUAAGAUGGUGUCACUUGCUUAGCUGGGGAAUCAGAGCAGAAAGGCUGGCUUAUCAUUCUUUGGGGCUCAGCACCCACAUGAAGGCUUUAGCCAGCAGAGCCCCUGAUUUCUGAUUGCCUGCAAGCAGCCAUUUCAGGAGAAAGUCUGAAUAGUGCCUGAAACCAGAACUCUGGGAUGGUUACUUGUGCUCAUCUUCCCUGGGGGAUGGGGCAGGAACGGGUGGGCACUGGACCCCUGCCUGCUCAGGCUUCUCACAGAAUGGGGGCUGGAGGGUUGGGGGAGGGAGAACUGGAAAUUAUCUGCAAUGUGCCUCAGGCCCAGCCUGCUGCGUGUCAAGUGAGGGAGUUUUUGAGGGGGGUCCCAGAGGCCAAAGGAAAGGAAAUUUGGAUGGAUGGAACCAGAAAAAAGAAGUGUCUUGUCAGGACAUCAGCCAGCCCUCUUUCUCCCUGAACCCUUGCUGUCCUGUCUGCUCUGUCACUGUGUAACAAAGAGGCCUAUCAGCAGUGGAGAGAACCAACCCCAGGACCAUAGACAUGGUGCUGCAGACAGUACUGCCAAAGAACAUCUGAGAACCCAUGAGUGGGUCUGUCUGUGUCAAGGCCCCCUAGGACAGGUGGCAGGGUGGGGCGGAGCUGAGCCUUCCCCAGGGCCACUCAUGUCUAGGCUAGCACCUCCCCACUGGUAUGGUUAGCGCUGGGUAGGCAAGAGUGAUCGGGGCCGCACCUCUCUCAAGGCAGACAUAGAAUGCUCUCUGACCCACAUCUCUUCUUAGCACGGCAGUAAGACUGAAAAACUCUCUUGUGGUGCAGGGUUGCCUAGUAAAAGAUCUGUUCACUGAGGAUGGAGGUCAGAUUCGUGAGGACGUUGGCCCUGAGAAGUGUCCUAAACCACCUAGCCCAGCAUGCCCUGGCACUCUGAGUCUGCAACAUCCUUCCCUGUUUGGCUCAUGUUGGAAUCUGCCUCCUGCCUCACCUCUCCUCUGAUACCAACCAUGGGAUGCUAACGCAUCACACUGUCCUUGGAUAGUGUCCUGUUCUUUUCAUCUCCUUUGCCAAUCACUGGGAUCCAAAAUGAUCUGUUCAUUGGCACACUAUUCUAUUCGGGCAGGGUUCAAAGGAAGCACUUAAGGCACAUCAGUAAAUAAAACCUUCCACAUAAAACCAUCCCAUGCAGUGUGUGUCCUCCUAGGGAGAAAGGAUACCUGGGUCCUGGGCUUUAGGAACCGUCCACUUAGUAAGUUUGAGAGACUCAUGCAGAACAUUUGAGUCAACAAGUGAAACUGCUCUAGGCCCUGGGCUGCAGGAAAUGAGGACUGUGUUACGCUGGGAAGGAGGUAGUGUUCAGAGCCUAUUACUUUCUCCGUGAUCUCAAGCUAGCCAGGUGGGCUGGGCCCAGCUCAUGCCUGUCAUUCAGGAAGGGGGAAAUCAAGGGGACUUAUGAAUGCAUUCCUAGAAGCAGGGAGUAAGGGGCUGGCUAGACUAUGUUUCCCAGACCUAUCUUCAUAUUUUAAAUCAAAUUUGCCUCUAACUUCCAUGCUUAAAACAAGUUACAAUUUAGGACCAGAUGAGAAAGGACACGGGACCUGUGUCUUCCUUGACUUUUGGGCUUGCUGCAGUGUCUGGGAAUCUCCCUCCAGCCCUCGCUCUCCUUGCUCUGUGUUGUAUGAGAACCUUGUGCUGGACAGGCCCAGUUUCCUUGUAUGAUACACCAUGUAUUUGCUUUGUCGAAAUAUAGGAAACCAAUAAAUUGCUAGUGUUUCUUUGA